UGGAAAAUCUUUCUGGAAUUAACCAAGUUAUUAACUAUCUAUAUACACAGAUUGUUAUCUUUUGAAGUGAUCAGUUUAAGGAAAUUGGCCAUUACAUGUUUCAUAAGUGAAAGGGCAAUAUAAAGACCAUGGUAAAGUGAUAAUUCAUUAGUUGUAAAUAGUAUCGAUAUGAAUGCAAUCUAAAUUAUAUAUAGGAAAAGAAUCGUGAUAAUAAUAAGUUUUUAUGUUACACAUUCACGGUGGAAUAACUUCAUUUUAAGUUCAAUCAACAUGGCUUCAGUUCAUAAAGAGGGAACUAUUGUCCCUAAAAGCCGCUUUUCGCCCGAGCAGGCGGCGGUGGCUCUCCGAACGGCCAUGAAAGGGCUUGGGACAAACGAGGCAGAAAUAAUCGAUGUGAUGUCUACCCACAACAACCAACAGAGGCAGGAGAUCUUGGCCACCUUCAAUAGCAUGCUUGGAAGGGAUCUGCGUGCUGACUUGAAAUCAGAACUUUCGGGCCGGUUCUUGGAUCUCGUGCUGGCUCUGCUGGAGCUGCCAGUCAAUUACGACGCCAAAGAGCUUAAAGCUGCCAUAAAGGGUCUGGGAACAGACGAGGAUGCCCUAAUAGAGAUUCUGUGCUCCAGGUCCAACGCUCAGAUACUGGCCAUAAAAAAGGCCUACAAAAUAUUGUACCAGAGUGACCUAGAAAACGACAUCGUUGGCGACACAAGCGGUAUCUUUAAGCGCCUACUCGUCACACAGCUGGCCGCCGGAAGGGAUGAGUCUGGGACUGUGGAUCCUGCCAUUGCAGCACAGGACGCUCAUGAUCUAAAUGAGGCUGUUACCAACAAAUUGGACACAGAUGGGACCACCUUCAACCGAAUAUUUUGUCUACGGAGCUACCGUCAACUUAAGGCCGAUUUUGAUGCAUACCACAUAAGUUAUGGCAAGGAAAUUGAAGAUGUCAUCCGCGCAGAGACCAGUGGAGAUUUAAUGGAAGGCUAUCUAGCCAUAGUGAGAAUCGCCAAGAACCCACCUGCGUAUUUCGCUGAGCUGCUGUACAAGUCAAUGAAGGGGGUCGGUACCAAGGACUCGACUCUCAUCAGAGUAGUCGUCACCAGAUCGGAGGUGGAUAUGGUUCAGAUCAAACAUGCGUUCCAGCGGCUGUACGGCAAGUCGCUCCGCUCCUUCAUCAAGGGCGACACGAGUGGAGACUACAAGAAGUUGCUUCUAGCUCUGUGCGGGGCCUCAAAAUAAAUGACGAUUAGAUAAAGCGCUGUAAACAUACACUGGACACUUUGAAAUCGAUUGUUAGCAAGGGCAUGAGUUGUUAGGUUCACAUUACUAUACAAUCAACGAUCAUCAUCGUUUUCCAUAUCGUUUUCACGUGUUUCUGUUAUAAAUCUGAAUCUGGUAAUAUUUAUUGAAUUACACCAGAGUUAAUGGAACUAUGUAAUGCAAUGAACUAUAUUUUGAUAUUUGCUGUAAAUUACUUGCCAUUUAUCAUUUAUUUGUUAGAUAACUAAAGGUAACCGCUUUUUGUUUCUUACAUAUUAUUUUUAUAAUUGCUACCAGACGCAGCCAUACAAAGAAGGGUUAUUUCAUCUUCAUCACAUUAUUUUACAAAAUACCUGGCAAACUUGUCUUUUCAGAUGAGUCUUUUUGUAGAAUAAAUACAAUCUGUCAGCACAGAUCAUGUGAUAAAUAGGUUUUAGGAGUUAGGACCGUCAUUAUUAAAGUGACACUCUUAUUCAAAAUCAAUACAUACACAUGCAUUACAAACAUACGUUUUGAGUGAUAAACCUUUAGCUACUUACUAAAUAAUGCAUAUAUGGAAAAUAUUAAUUACUGAUAACGAGAUUGUAACCGUGUUUUUAAAAGCUGAAAAUGGAAAAUAUUAAAUGAUUGGUGAGUGUUAAAAAAUUUACAGUGAUCUACUAUCGUAUCAUAAGGUAGAAAUACCGUGUUUUCUUCACCUUUCUUCCAAAUUAAACCUGGUAUCCUUCAUAAGAACCAUUUUUUCGACAUUUAUUCAUCAUUUUUAGCACAUUUAAACAAUUGUAUGAAUUGUGGUAAAUCUUAUUUGGGAGUAAGAGUGCAUCACUAAGAGUAUUCUAAACAAGUAUAAUUAUACCACAAAAUAUAAAUACGGACUUCUCUCUCAUCAUUGUAUUUUACGUAACUAUCUAGUAUUACAUGUAAUGUACCUACUUAAUUAUUAUUAAACUUGA